AUGCAGUUCUGCUGGCUUCUACCGAUUUUUCUAUGCCUCAAGGAAGUGCAGGCCCAGUUCUAUGGCGGCAGCUCCUUUGGCUCGGUCAGUGGCCAGGCCAUUCGUCUUGGCCUUAUCACCGACGACACCACCGAUAGAAUCCGUCAGACAUUUGAGCACGCCAUUUCGGUGGUCAACAAUGAGCUGGGCGUCCCCUUGGUAGGCGAAACGGAGCAGGUGGCCUAUGGGAACUCGGUGCAGGCCUUCGCCCAGCUCUGCAGGCUGAUGCAGGGUGGAGUGGGUGCCGUCUUUGGACCGGCUGCCAAGCACACGGCCGCUCAUCUGCUGAACGCCUGCGAUUCCAAAGAUAUUCCAUUCAUAUACCCGCACCUCUCGUGGGGUGCCCACGCCGAUGGCUUCAACCUGCACCCGAAUCCGGAGGACAUAGCACACGCCCUCUAUGACAUUAUCAACCAGUUUGAUUGGUCUCGUUUCAUAUUCUGCUAUGAAUCGGCUGAAUACCUGAACAUAUUGGACCAUCUUAUGACUCUUUACGGCAUCAAGGGACCCGUCAUCAAGGUGAUGCGGUACGACCUCAACCUGAACGGCAACUACAAGUCGGUAUUGCGUCGAAUUCGAAAAUCGGAGGACAGCCGCAUCGUGGUCGUGGGAUCCACAGAGGGAGUGGCCGAGCUGCUGCGUCAGGCCCAACAAGUGGGAAUCAUGAACGAGGAUUAUACUUACAUCAUCGGCAACUUGGACCUGCACACCUUUGAACUGGAGGAAUACAAGUACAGUGAAGCUAACAUCACGGGAAUAAGAAUGUUUUCACCUGACCAAGAAGAGGUGCGAGAUCUAGUCGAGAAGCUGCACCAUGAACUGGGCGAAAGUGAACCCACAAAUAAUGGCUCUUCAUCGAUCACCAUGUCCAUGGCUCUCACCUACGAUGCUGUGCGAGUCAUUGCAGAGACAACCAAACAUCUUCCCUAUCAACCCCAGAUGCUCAACUGCUCCGAGCGCCAUGACAAUGUACAGCGCGAUGGUUCCACCUUCAGGAAUUAUAUGAGAUCGUUGGAAAUAAAGGAGAAAACGAUCACAGGCCGCAUAUACUUUGAGGGAAAUGUUCGCAAAGGAAUCACAUUCGAUGUCAUCGAGUUGCAGACAAGUGGACUGGUCAAGGUUGGCACCUGGGAAGAUGGCAAGGAUUUUGAGUUCCAGCGGCCACCCCAAGUGAUCAACCUAAAUGACAUCGAUGACGGGUCGCUGGUCAAUAAAACUUUCAAGGUUUUAAUCUCUGUUGCCACCAAACCCUAUGCCAGUCUCGUGGAGAGCAUUGACACACUUAUUGGCAACAAUCAGUACCAGGGCUAUGGAGUGGAUCUGAUCAAGGAGUUGGCCGACAAACUGGGCUUUAACUUCACAUUCCACGAUGGUGGCAAUGACUACGGUUCCUUUAAUAAGACCACAAACACCACUACUGGAAUGCUCAAGGAAAUUGUUGAAGGGAGAGCUGACUUGGCCAUCACUGAUCUCACCAUUACAUCGGAGCGGGAGGAAGUCAUAGAUUUCUCCAUACCCUUCAUGAAUCUGGGCAUAGCGAUUUUAUAUGUGAAACCCCAGAAGGCUCCGCCAGCCCUUUUCUCCUUCAUGGACCCAUUUUCUUCGGAGGUGUGGCUUUACCUGGGCAUAGCCUAUGUGGGCGUCUCCCUCUGCUUCUUUAUUCUGGGGCGACUUUCGCCCACAGAGUGGGACAACCCAUAUCCAUGCAUCGAGGAACCCGAGGAGCUGGAGAAUCAAUUUACCAUUAACAAUUCCCUGUGGUUUACUACAGGAGCUUUACUGCAGCAAGGAUCGGAAAUCGCUCCCAAAGCUCUAAGUACCCGCACAAUCUCCGCUAUUUGGUGGUUCUUCACUCUCAUCAUGGUAUCUUCUUACACUGCCAACUUGGCUGCCUUCUUGACCAUCGAGAAUCCAACGAGUCCCAUCAACAGCGUUGAAGAUUUGGCCGACAACAAGGACGGCGUUCAGUAUGGAGCAAAGCGCACUGGAUCAACAAGGAAUUUCUUUUUGACAUCAGAGGAUCCCAUCUAUAUGAAAAUGAACGAGUACAUGACUGCCCAUCCAGAGAUGCUGAUGGACAACAAUCAGGAUGGAGUGGAUAAGGUCAAAUCUGGCACCAAGUAUGCCUUUCUCAUGGAGUCCACCUCUAUCGAAUUCAAUACGGUGCGAGAAUGCAAUCUGACGAAAGUGGGUGACGCCCUGGACGAGAAGGGUUACGGCAUAGCCAUGGUGAAGAACUGGCCGUAUCGCGACAAGUUUAACAAUGCCCUGUUGGAGUUGCAGGAGCAAGGUGUCCUGGCCAGGCUGAAGAACAAAUGGUGGAACGAAGUUGGAGCCGGAGUUUGUAGUGCAAAAAGCGAAUCCGAUGGCCCCUCAGAGCUGGGUGUGGACAAUCUCAGUGGCAUCUACGCUGUCCUGGCCGUCGGCUCCGUCAUCUCAAUAAUCGUUGCCAUCCUAUGCUGGUGCUUCUUUGUGUUCAAGAAAGCCAAGUUCUAUGCGGUUCCCUUUUGCGAUGCUCUGGUUGAGGAAUUUAAAAUUGUCAUCCGAUUCUCGGAAAAUGAACGAGCCCUGAAGAGCGCCCAGUCCAUAUACUCCCGAAGCCGCAAUUCAUCGCAGUCCAUAGAUUCGCUGCAAACUGAUUCUGAGGAGAACGAACAGUCUGAGGACUAAUUUUGA